GUAGAGUAAACAAUGAAGAAAACAACGGAAAUGUGUCGUCAAGCGUGUAUUUAUUUAUUAUUUUGUUCUACCGAUUAGCAAUGUAGUUCGUGCAACUGUUCAUCUUUAUUAAUAUACAAGUAGAUAUUGUCGCAGCACUGACAGUCUUGGGUUUGCAUUCCCCGUGAAUGCCGUUUUCUGUCUAACAGCGAUAUUGUUGUUCGCUUUGAUAGCUGAAGCAUUUUAGCGUUUGAUGUGUCGACUAGCUUUACAUUUGCUGCUUUAAUAUAACCAUCAAUGGAACCGAAAGUGAGACCAGCUUUCGGCCCUAUUCUGAAGGACUGAAAUCGACAAUGUUGUUGUGGAUGGUCCUGCAGAUGAGAAGUGAGUUUUAACCUGAUGAAUACGAGCAACAAUGUCCUGUAAAUCCACCAAAGUUGCUCCAAGCGUUGACUUCGACCACAGUUGCUCUGACAGCGUGGAAUAUCUGACACUUAAUUUUGGACCAUUUGAAACUGUCCAUCGCUGGAGAAGACUCCCUCCAUGUGACGAGUUUGUUGGCGCAAGGCGCAGCAAACACACAGUGGUGGCAUAUAGGGAUGCCAUUUACGUCUUUGGGGGAGACAAUGGUAAAAACAUGUUGAAUGAUUUACUGCGGUUCGAUGUGAAGGACUGCUCAUGGUGCAGAGCUUUUACCACUGGAACUCCGCCUGCUCCCAGAUAUCACCAUUCAGCUGUGGUCUAUGGCAGCAGCAUGUUUGUUUUUGGGGGUUACACUGGAGACAUCUACUCAAACUCAAACCUGAAAAACAAAAAUGACCUUUUUGACUACAAGUUUGCAACUGGCCAGUGGACAGAGUGGAAAGUGGAGGGAAGUUUACCAGUGGCGAGAUCUGCACACGGAGCCACAGUCUACAAUGAUAAACUGUGGAUUUUUGCUGGAUAUGAUGGAAAUGCCAGGUUGAAUGACAUGUGGACCAUCAGUCUUCAGGACAGAGAACAUGCAUGUUGGGAAGAGAUUGAUCAGAGUGGUGAAAUCCCUCCCUCUUCCUGUAACACUCCCGUGGCUGUAUGCAGGGAUAAGAUGUUUGUGUUUUCUGGUCAAAGUGGAGCAAAGAUCACUAACAACCUUUUCCAGUUUGAGUUUAAAGGACACAUAUGGACACGGAUCCCCACUGAGCAUCUACUGCGCGGCUCCCCUCCUCCUCCUCAGAGACGAUAUGGUCACACAAUGGUGGCCUUUGAUCGUCACCUCUACGUUUUUGGUGGUGCUGCAGACAACACUCUGCCCAAUGAGCUGCACUGCUAUGAUGUUGACUCACAGACAUGGGAGGUGAUUCAACCCAGUUUGGACAGUGAGAUGCCCAGUGGAAGACUGUUUCAUGCUGCUGCUGUGAUUCAAGAUGCCAUGUAUAUUUUUGGAGGGACGGUGGACAAUAAUGUGCGCAGUGGGGAGAUGUACAGAUUUCAGUUUUCAUCUUAUCCAAAGUGUACCCUCCAUGAAGACUAUGGCAAACUGUGGGAGAACCGUCAGUUCUGUGAUGUGGAGUUCAUUCUGGGAGAGAGGGAGGAGAGAGUCCUGGGACACAUUGCCAUAGUGACUGCAAGAUGUCAGUGGCUUAGAAAGAAAAUCUUGCAGGCUCGGGAUCGACAUAGACAGAAAGCUAAACAUGAAUCCAAUGAGGAGGGUGAAGAGGGACUCUCUGGAGGACCAAGGGAUAUCCCAGCAGGCCACAGGACAUCAGGCACGCAGCUGAUGCUUAAGGUUUGCAUCAGAGAGGCCGAGGCCCAGCCAUUUGAAGUCUUAAUGCAGUUCCUUUACACAGACAAGAUCCAGUAUCCACGCAGAGGUCACGUCCAAGACGUUCUCCUGAUUAUGGACGUCUACAAACUUGCUCUUAGUUUUAAGCUCUCUCGUCUGGAGCAGCUGUGUGUGCAGUACAUUGAGGCAUCUGUCGACCUGCAGAAUGUUCUCAGUGUUUGUGAAAAUGCAAACAAGCUGCAACUGGACCAACUGAAGGAACAUUGCCUUAACUUUGUGGUGAAGGAGUCGCACUUCAACCAGGUGAUCAUGACUAAGGAGUUUGAACAUCUGUCUACUCCGCUCAUCGUUGAAAUAGUGAGGAGGAAGCAGCACCCUCCACCCAGGUUGUACUCGGACCAACCAGUGGACAUUGGGACGUCCCUGGUGCAGGACAUGAAGGCCUCCCUGGAGGGCGGAGGUCUGGAGUUCUGUGACAUUAUUCUGCUGUUAGACGGUCACCCACGUCCUGCACAUAAAGCCAUACUGGCAGCUCGGUCCAGUUACUUUGAAGCAAUGUUCCGCUCCUUCAUGCCUGAGGAUGGGCAGGUGAAUAUCUCCAUUGGUGAGAUGGUUCCAAGUAAACAGGCCUUCGAGUCAAUGCUGAGGUAUAUUUACUACGGCGACGUUAACAUGCCUCCUGAAGACUCACUUUAUCUGUUUGCUGCACCAUAUUACUACGGCUUCUCCAACAACAGACUACAGGCUUACUGCAAACAGAACCUGGAGAUGAAUGUGACUGUGGAGAACGUCCUGCAGAUUCUGGAGGCAGCAGAUAAAACCCAGGCUCUGGACAUGAAGAAGCAUUGCCUGCAUAUUAUUGUCCACCAGUUCAUCAAGGUAUCCAAGCUCCCCAACCUGCGGUCCCUCAGCCAGCUGCUGCUCUUGGACAUCAUUGAGUCUCUAGCUACACACAUAUCAGACAAACAGUGUGCUGAGAUGGGCUCCGACAUUUAGGAUGAGGCCGAGACCCCGCCCCUUUCCCUCUUCACACAAGCCAUAUAUAACUACAUAUGAAAAUAAACCUGUGCGCCGCCUGUUACCUGUCAUUCCCUCCUCCUUUGCCCACACUUUGUUCUUUAUGCUGCUCAUUGCAUGGCUAAAUUCUCAAACACUUAAAUGCCUUCAGUCAACAUAGUUUCAAUGUUCUCAGUAUGAGGAAUUCCAUGGGAGACACAUUAUAUGAACUAAAAAAAUCUUAAUUUUUUGGCUUUUAUUUAUUUCUGUAUACAUGUAAAUUUUUUCUUUCUUUUUUUCCACUUCUUUUUUUCCGUUUUUUUCUUCUUCUUUUUUUUUUAGAUUUGUUUCAGAUUGUACUGCAUUAUUUCAUGAAAUAUCACAUUAGUCUGACACAGUAGCAGUACAGUGUUGUUCCCAAACAGAUUUUCUUAAAAUAACUGCUUCAAAUUAUACUGUAGAUACAACUUAAAAGUAUAUCUAAAAUGUACUGCACACUUGUAUUACCCAGAUAUAGACAUCAAACCUCUAUGCAUGGAACGAAGAAAAAUUUAAAUGCUAAUAAUUGACCUGUGUUUGACGUGACAUUUCUUGUCACUGAAACACUUCUGAUCAUUUCUUCCAAGUUCCAGACAAAGACAAACCUUGUUUAGCCAUAAAAUACACAUUUAUUUGCUGUCAAUUUAUUUACUGUCAACCGUGCAUUAAAAGCCUUAAUAAAUAUCAUUAAAAUAUAGUCAUUGCA